AUGAAAACAAGACUGCACGGUGCCGCCUGCAAGACCUGUCGGCGUAGAGGACGCAAGUGUACGCGAGAACUCCCCAAUUGCCAAACUUGUGUGGUCAAAGGCAUUCAAUGUGAAGGAUACGUUCUUAAAUGGUCCGGUUUCGCAAGUCGUGGGAAGCUGGCGGGCCAAUCUUCUAUGGAAGACAUGCAGGCCACAACCAUAUCAAGAAGGAAACGGACAUUGCCAACCCUGCCUCUUGAUACAACCAUCGAAGCUUCUUCCACCGACGACUUGGCACCGGUUGAUGAGACUUAUGCUACUGAUAUUGAUCAACCGGACACGGUCCAGAACCUACUUGACACCGCCGACAUAAACACAAUGGAUGCAUUUUCGAUGUUUUCGCUCUCAAUGUCCACUCCAACGGAGCAUACUGAUUUUGCUGAACAUUAUUCUGGCACCACAGAUAGUUUUCUGCCCGAGAACUUCCUGCUAACCAUCGAAGAUACUGGAGGCACUAUUGAGGCUGCCGGUACAUCAUCGAGACAUAGCAAUGGCGACGGCGAGGGUGUGGUCCAGCCUUAUCACAAACAUGGCAUGCUGGGAUCAACCUUAUCGCAAAGCUUGGAUCUCUACAAUAUUCCUUGGGAACUAAAGCAUUUACUCAACUAUCACAUCUUGGAGGUCGCACCACGGCUUUGCAUCGAUAAUAAGACAAUGCGCAACCCCUACAGUCAGUACAUUCUUCCACUUGCCGUUCACAACCCAGCACUACUGUAUGCUUGCGCGGCCUUGGCCGCCUGCCACUUUAAUGUACGGUUGCUUGAUCCUGGCUUUCACGUACAAGCGCUGCGCUUCAAAGGGAAAGCGAUGAGAAGAUUCCAGGAGCAGCUGUGGAUGGAGCCGAGUGUCGCUGAUGAUGGCAAGCUUGCGACCAUCCUCAUGCUCACCCUUACCGACUUGUGCCUUGGCGGAUACUCGAAUUUUGACGCCCAUUUCUCAGCGGCCCGCAGACUGAUUGACUUACGCGGAGACCACAUGACACCUGAUUGCUUUGUCGAGCAAUAUAUCGCUUGUCUGGAUAUCAUGUCCGCGGCCUCCGGCCAGAGAAAGCCCAAGUUUACAUGUGCUGAUGUCUUACGCCUCAGAGGACCUUCAAUCGAAUGGAGCUACGACGUGUUCCCUUGUCCACCGGGUCAAUUUGAGAUUGUGGCAAUGACCGUGGAAUUACACAAGUCGCUGGGAGAUAGCAAAAAUCCUUCCGUUGAGGACCAGGCCCAAGCCUUUCAAUUGAAGCAGCGACUCUUCAUGCUACCUCUCUAUAAUGAACGUGGGGAGGAUUGGCUGCAUCUUACAGAGGCCUAUCGACAUGCAAUAGCCCUGUACAUCAUAAGGCUAUUCAACUUGACUGCCGACGAAGACGAGAUAUCAUGGCUGACACAAAGCAUUUUCCACCAUGCUAAAUCAAUACCGGCCUUGACUGGUUGGGCAGAUAAUCUCUUGUGGCCACUGUUCCAUGCAGGUUUGGAACUCACCGACGAGAGACGCAGACAAUGGCUUCGCGACAGAGCACAUCUCAUGCAACGAAGUGGAGGAUUCAAGAAUGUUGACUCGGUGAUGACCAUACUGGAAAAGGUGUGGGGCUCGGAGACCCGUCCCGACUAUCUCACGCUUCUAUCGUCCGAGGGCCUGGGUUCUAUGAUUCCGGUGUGA